UUGCUCGCAGCCCGAUCCGUGACUCAGAGGGGCUUUCAGCUGAGAAGAGAGGGACCGGUGCACUGCUGCAAAUCACCAUGGCGCCAGGCGCAAAGAAGGGUAUUUUGGCGUGCCUGGACGCGGGGGAGGUCGUCAUCGGCGACGGAGGCUUCGUCUUCGCCCUGGAGAAGAGGGGUUACGUGAAGGCGGGGCCGUGGACCCCGGAGGCCGCGGCCGAGCACCCAGAAGCAGUGCGGCAGCUGCACCGAGAGUUCCUGAGGGCGGGCUCCGACGUCAUGCAGACGUUCACUUUCUACGCCAGCGACGACAAACUGGAGAACAGGGGCCACACUCAGCGCUUCACUGGGCAGCAGAUCAACGAGGCAGCUUGUGACCUGGCCAGGGAGGUGGCCGACGAAGGUGGUGCUCUGGUGGCGGGGGGAGUCUCUCAGACCCCGGCCUACCUCAGCUGCAAGAGCGAGGGCGACGUGAAGGCCAUCUUCAAGAAACAGAUCGACGUCUUCGUCCAGAAGAACGUGGACUUCUUGAUUGCUGAGGUAUGGCAAAUCGAGGUGGAGGAGGCGGAGUGGGCCGUGCAGGUUUUGAAGAGCACCGGGAAGCCCGUGGCCGCAUCCCUGUGCAUCGGACCCGAGGGGGACCUGAACGGAGUCAGCCCCGGGGACUGUGCGGUCCGACUCGUCAAAGCUGGAGCUCACAUCGUGGGCGUCAACUGCCACUUUGACCCGGAGACCUGCGUGAAGACAGUGAAGAUGAUGAAGGAGGCGGUGGAGAGAGCCGAGCUGAAGGCUCACUACAUGAGCCAGCCGCUGGCGUACCACACUCCCGACUGCAACUGCCAGGGUUUCAUCGACCUGCCGGAGUUCCCUUUCGGUCUGGAGCCGCGGGUCCUGACCAGGUGGGACAUGCAGAAGUACGCCCGCGAGGCCUACCAAGCUGGCGUCCGCUACAUCGGGGGCUGCUGUGGGUUCGAGCCCUACCACAUCCGCGCCCUGGCCGAGGAGCUGGCCCCGCAGAGGGGCGGCCUGCCCGCCGCCUCCGACAAGCACGGCGCGUGGGGCGCCGGCCUGGAGAUGCACACGAAGCCUUGGGUCAGAGCCAGGGCCCGCCGCGACUACUGGGAGAAUCUGAAGCCCGCGUCCGGCCGCCCCCUCUGCCCUUCCAUGGCCACGCCCGACGGCUGGGGGGUCACCAAAGGUCACGCCGACCUGAUGCAGCAGAAGGAGGCCACCUCUCAGGACCAGCUGAAGGCUCUCUUUGACAAGGCCAACAAAAACCAGUGAAGACGAGUCGCUGGAGUCAAGAAUCAGGAACAUUAAUUGCCAAAACAUGUUAGACGUACAAGGAAUUUGACACGGCGGUUGUUGCAUAACAUUGGACAGUAAGACAAUGAGACAAUGGACAAAUAACAGGACCAUUUUUACUGUAUGCGGCAGAUUAGCAUCAUGUGCUAAAGCUUUGCAGCCUCAAGCAACAAUAGGAGCCUUCAUGCACGUAAAGCAAUGCCUUACCGCUCCAAAUGUGUGGCAAUAAACUUCCAAUUGUAUGAGCUA